AAGCGCCGCGAAGCCCUUCCCCUCCUCUCCCAAGAUGGCGAUGGCGGCGGCGGCCCCUCCCCCUAGAUCCCAAGGGCUGGGGCGGGGCCCCUGGAGCCCGUCCUCCCGCAGCUGCGGCCAGGGACGGUUAUGUGUGAGCGCGGCUGGGCGGCUGUGGGACGCGGCUGGCAGUUAGCAGGAGCGAGCGCAGCUGGGGCCCGAGCGGAGAGAGCUGCGCGCGCCGGGCCGGCUCCCCCGGAGAUACCUGUAAAAGAUGGUGGAUCGCUUGGCAAACAGUGAAGCAAAUACUAGACGAAUAAGUAUAGUGGAAAACUGUUUUGGAGCAGCAGGUCAACCUUUGACUAUUCCUGGUCGUGUUCUGAUUGGAGAAGGAGUGUUAACAAAGCUGUGUAGAAAGAAACCUAAAGCAAGACAGUUUUUCUUAUUCAAUGAUAUUCUUGUCUAUGGCAACAUUGUUAUCCAGAAGAAAAAAUACAAUAAACAGCACAUAAUUCCACUGGAAAAUGUCACUAUUGAUUCCAUCCAAGAUGAAGGGGACCUACGGAAUGGGUGGCUUAUCAAGACACCUACAAAAUCUUUUGCAGUUUAUGCUGCCACUGCCACAGAGAAGUCUGAAUGGAUGAGCCACAUAAAUAAAUGUGUUUCUGAUUUGCUUUCCAAAAGUGGGAAGACUCCCAGUAAUGAACAUGCAGCUGUCUGGGUACCUGACUCAGAGGCUACUGUUUGUAUGCGUUGUCAGAAAGCAAAAUUUACACCUGUCAAUCGUCGUCACCACUGUCGCAAAUGUGGCUUUGUUGUAUGCGGACCCUGUUCUGAAAAGAGGUUUCUUCUUCCCAGUCAGUCCUCCAAGCCUGUGCGGAUUUGUGACUUCUGUUAUGAUCUUCUUUCUACUGGGGAGAUGACUACUUGUCAGCCCACUAGAUCAGACUCUUACAGCCAGUCACCUAAGUCCCCUUUAAAUGAUGUAUCCGAUGAUGACGACGAUGAUGAUAGCAGUGAUUAAGGACCAAAUAUUGUUUUCAGGCGUUGCAAUUGGUGUUUUGAACUAUAAAGAGCUGCUUUUGGGGAAACCUGUAGCCAGACGCCUCUGAAAUUCUAUUCUAGCCAUAAAAUUUGCCUGAGUAUCUUCAACUACAAUGUGCCUCAAUACGAAUGCUCUAGACAAUAGGCUUUUCACUCUUCUGCAGGGAUAAACUGUUGCAAAUAUAUCAGAUAAUUUUCCAACUUCUUAUACUUGAGUUAUGUCUAGAGUAGACUUUUUGUUGAAGAUUGGAAAAUUCAGCGUAGCUUUCUUUAUUUAACAAUCAUGCUACAUUAUUUGAUAGUGAUACUUUAUCAUUUCUGUUUCUUUAUAUGGUAAAAUAAUAAACAUGCAUGAAACUAUGAUAAAUAUAUUUUGGUUAAUUCCAUCAAAUGUUUAGCUUUUUCUAACCAUGUUAUGUAAUGAUAAAUUGAAUUGACAUUUUGAAACAUAUAUUCAUACUUUAAAUGUCACUAAUUUGGGGGGGGGAAAUUGUUUUGCAUUUAUUUAUGACAAGCAGUGCCUUGUAAUGACUGUGGUGUUUCAGGAAGAAACAAACCUGUUGCAUACUAUCUGGAUUUGCAUGGCACAGAUAUCUGAGAAAUUGAUGGUGCUAUUGAAAAUAAUUGCUGUGGUAAAAUAAGGUUUUGGAAAGCACAUUAUUGUAUUCACACCAAUGCAGUGAGUGACUAUGGCCCCAAUCAUGUAACCUAAUCUGUGAGGGCAGUCCCAGUACACGUGCAGAUUCCCACAAACUUGAGUGGGCUUCCACAAAAGUUGUAGAGGCUCACUCGCAUGCAUCAAAUUACUGGGUCAAUAUCUCUGGUGGAUAAAUUUAAUCUGAUCUUCUCCACAUGGUUAUACAAUCUUAUUUCUCUUCAAAAUAGUUUUAAGAUUUCUUGCAUUUUUAUAUUUUAUAGGUAUCAGAAAUAAUAAUUGACAAUUGCAUUGUUAAAUUUUGACUGGUGGUUUAAGUAACAUUUUGUUGCUGAAAUUUAUUAAAUUGUUCUGAAUUGCUUCCCAACACAACACUAAUUUGUUUGUUUCACAUUAGCAGGAGGUAUUUUUAGGUGAAGAUUGGAAUUUAUUUUUAAAUAAGCUAGUGUGAAAAAUUUCUGACCAACAAUCUGUGAACACCUUUGUAAAAAUGGCUCUUCUUUAUACACAACAGACCUCAAGUUAAAAGGGGAAUGCAAAUUAUUUCCUUUUAAACAUUUUAUUUAUAUAUAUACAUACACAUAUACACACACACAUGACCAAGAAAGCUGUAACAAAGUUACAGAAUGGUCAGUGCAGAAAAUGUCUCUAACAGAGUUCACUUUACUUUUAUCAAGUUUUUUUACAAAAGUGUGAUAUUCCUAUAUAAAUGUAAAAGUUAGCUUUGUGAAAAUUUGUAAAACCCUAAACCUGUUGACAUUUCUAUAUUUUUAUAAUAGUCAAUUUUUAUGUGGAAAAAACCUCUGAAAUAAUUGUAUGGGAAUAUAGUAGCAACUGAUUUUAUAAAAAAAAAUGUUAAAUUUAUAUAUAGAUCUUUGUUUAUUAAGUGACAAUUUCUGCACUGUUUGCCUUGGCUGGCAAUAAUUGGGUUAAAAGUAUUUAUUGAAUAAACGGUCAAUGCUGCAUAUUG